CCCGGGCACCGCACAUCCCCCGGGCACGGGCAGAGCAGCUGCAGCAGUGAAGCGAGGGCUGCAAAGACCGCGGCGUUUCCACGGGAUGCAAAGCAAAGGGAAACCGCAGCAGCCCGCACCAGCCUGUGGGCGGGGUGACAGCAAUUCCUUCAGCACCCACCCGAACAGGUCUCCAAACGAGCUCCUCAGGCGGCUGCAGGGCACGUACAGGUUGUACAGAAAACAGAAGCAGAAGCGCACGGUGCAUCAUCUGGAAUCGGGAGCUGUCUCUGGCCACGACCGCCGCCCAGAGCCGGAGGCAGCUCUCAGCCCCAGGCCUGGCAUCUGAGCUGCUCCUCCUGCCUCUGCCCGCUCCCAGGGCCACGCUGGAGGGCUGCAGGGCUGCCAAGGACCCCCUCGCUGAGAGCAGCCCUGCCAGCAGCUCCGGCUCCUCCCGGCACCUGCCCCGGGCUGGGGGCACAGCCUGCCCAGCUCUGCCCACAGCACCGGCCUGCCAGAGCAACCUGCUCCGUUCUGCAAAGGAAAAGACAGCUUUCAAAGAAAAAGCUGGUUUUUUCCUACUUCCUAGGAAGAAAUUAGACUUUGUCAGGGAUUUGGGCGUCAGCUGGGAGCACAUCAAUUCCCCUGAGUGCCUGUUUUACACAGGCAGAGGCCAGACACAGAAACUGGCACAGAGGCAGCUGCACACCACACACCUGAGAGCAGCCCACCAGCAGAGUGCAUUUGUUCACAACACAGCCAUUCAAAACUGACUGAAAAGGCUGAAGCCUCAUAAAAGACAAAACUCUCAAUUUCUUUUUUUUCCUGUUUUUUUUUUUUUUUUCUCCAGGCAGAAGAAAUAACCACAAUGCAAAUGAAAGCCACAAUCCACUUCAGCUCCUUCAGGAAUGACAGCAACUGCACCAGCGACAGCAGGAUCAGCCAAGUCAUCUUCCCCUUACUCUACACAUUUCUGUUCCUGGUGGGGACCACGAUGAAUGGCCUGGCAAUGUGGGUCUUCUUUAAAAUAUCCAGUAAAUCCAAUUUCAUCAUCUUCCUCAAGAACACUGUGAUUUCCGACUUCCUCAUGAUCUUGACUUUUCCAUUUAAAAUCCUCAGUGAUGCAAAGCUGGUGUCCUGGGUGUUGCGGGGGUUUGUGUGCCAGGUCACCCAGGUGGUGUUUUACUUCACCAUGUACAUCAGCAUCCUCUUUCUUGGUCUGAUAACUAUUGAUCGCUACCAGAAGGCCACUUCCCCUUUCAGAACAUCAACUCCACGCAGCCUUUUAGCUGCCAAGAUCCUGUCCACAGCAAUCUGGGUGUCAAUGUUUGCUCUCUCGCUACCCAACAUGAUCUUAAAUAAUAAGAAGAAAACACCCAAGAACGUGAGGAAGUGUGCUCUCCUGAAAUCAGAGUUUGGCUUAGUCUGGCAUGAAAUUGUGAACUACAUUUGUCAGCUCAUCUUCUGGGUGAGCCUAGCAGUCAUAGUGGUAUGUUACAUCCUCAUCAGCAGGGAACUGUACAAAUCCUACAAAAGGACACGAUGCACAGGGAAGGCAUCUAAAAAGACUGUCAAUUUCAAGGUUUUCAUAAUAAUUGCUGUGUUCUUUAUUUGCUUUGUGCCAUUCCACUUUACCAGAAUCCCCUACACCUUGAGCCAAACGAGAGAUGUGUUUGACUGCUCUGCUCGGAACACGCUGUUCUACCUGAAGGAGACCACGCUGUGGCUGACGUCCCUCAACGCCUGCCUGGAUCCCUUCAUAUACUUUUUCCUUUGCAAAUCAUUUAGGAAGUCCUUGCUGGACAUGCUGUGCAAGCACAGGGCAGGGGCAGGGCUGGGGGCACAGGCCAAGGGGCAGAACGAGGGGGAUGACACCGACGAGACGCCGCUCUAGCUCUCAGGGCUGCACGCCCCUUCCUGGCCACAGACGCUCACCGAGGGUGGCAGGAGCACAAAUCCAGCAGGAGCACCCAGAACUCCACCCAUUUCUCUAGAAACAGCCCUGCAGAUGGAAGCACGAGCCCCCUGGAGCCACCACCACUCCUGCAAAAAUAGAGAGCUACAUACCAGAGGAGUCCCCCGGCCCCAGCCCCCAGCCUUGCCAAACCAGGAGCUCCCAGACCCCAACGCCUGUCAGGACUGCUGGGAACAAGUCUGAACUCAAAGGUGGAACUGUCAGGAAAAACCUAGAACCAUGAAAUGCUACAGAUGAUACCAUGAACUGUAAAGAUUUUGCAAAAAUAGCUAAACUUGGGCCAGAGUAAAGUUCACGACAACACAAGACCUGAGAAAUGCAGAUAAAAUCCGCAGUAGAUGUGAUUUUUCAAUACAGGGAGUUGUCACCUUGUAUGCAACUGGCAGACAAACAGAAACUUAGAGACAGCCAUUUGGGCAGAUUUUUGGUAACAGAAUAACACUGCUUAUCUCAUUCUAUGCUUGCAGUUCCUAAUCCAUUGACCAAUAAUUAAUAGUUGUAUUUCAGAGGAAAUUAUUUCAUAAUCAGGCUUAUCUUGAUAUUACUAAAUCCCCAAAUC